AGAGAUAUAUUUUUUAUAUUAUUUAACUAAAUCCUGAUCAUUUAUAUCGAUUCGGUAUGAAAUCCGAAAAAUCUUUGCGCUCCAUAAGGUCUACUCGUUCUUCAAGAACUCUGAAAGGAGUUGCUGAAUUAUACAGAACAGAUUUCAUAGAUUUUGAGAAUGUACUGCCCAUGGCGUGUGCAAAGUUUGACUGCGAUUAUUCUAUCUUUGUUAAGAAGAAUCAAAGAAAUGACGAAUAUUUACGGUACCUAAAAUUUGCUGAUGUUGCCAAAAAGCGUAUAAGUUUAAUGCCAUCUCUUGCAAAGAAAGAUUCAGCUGCAACACCACAAGAACAAACUCAACCACCUAACGAUGAUGUCAGCGAACCGACAACGGUCACUUCAUCUAUAUUAGUUAAUACUUUAACGGUUAAUUCAAUUUAUGAUUCAUAUAAUUCUUUGUCAGAAAUACGACUGGAGCGGCUGAAAGUAGUUCCAAGGGUGCUGUUGCAAAUAAUUGGAUUUUUGGCGCCCUAUUACAAGAAUAUAACCAAAAUAUCAAUCGCAAACUGUCGAAUUGACGGCUUAUCUGUAUACGAGUUGAGUAAAAUUGUUAAAGUAUCUACAGUGACCCAGAUAUGCUUAGACGGAUCACCAGUGGCUGAAGCUAACUAUGCAAUAUUGCUAGAUCUGGAAAAUCUCAGGCAGCUCUCGUUGAGUAGAUGUGAAAUAGAUGAUAACGUUUGUGAACAAUUAGCGUUAAAACUCGGUUUAUCGCGAAGUGCGGAACAUUUAUCGUUUCUAAAUCUAUCUUCUAACCGCAUAACAGAUACAGGAGCGAGGUCUAUUGCGGAUUCCUUGAGAACAAAUAGGUACUUGCGGUAUUUAAAUCUCGCAGACAACCGCAUUACUGAUGACGGAGCUUAUUGUAUAUUUAAUGUUCUUAAAGAGUUUCCGUUAACAUCUGAUGAAAUUGUGGCAAAAAGACAAAGAUAUUUUAAGUAUUUAAAAGAGAGACAAGCAUUGUACUUUAAAUAUUUGAACGAUACAUCAAUAGAAGAAUCGAAGAAACAAGCGUCAAAACGGAAGAAAACUUCACUAACGUCUGUGAGAAGUAAAUCCAGCAGUGCAAGGAAAGAAAAGGACACGCGACAUUUUGCUACAUUAAUGAUAAAUGAUGAAAUAAUAAGAGCUGAAAUGUUGGCAAAGCAAGUUUUAGGCCCUUUUAUAGAUCCAUUUCAACCCGACUGUAUUAGAUGUAAGAAUGAACAUACUUUCUGUCUCGGAAAUAUGGUACUGUGUUACUUAAAUAUGUCAUACAAUAAUCUAUCUUAUUUAUCUAUCAAGACCUUGUGUGAGGUUCUAACACAUCAGAAGAAUAUAAGGAAACCUCCUCAAACUGGCUUAAUUAAAGUUGUAAUAGAUGGUAAUAAUAUUCCAAUCAGAUGCCCUGAAUUUUUUUAUAUUAGCGAAAUGUUGAGCAAAAUAUAUCAAGAGACAAUGCGACUUAAACGACAAUCGAUAAUAAGAUAAUUAUUGAUAUAUCAUUAAUUCUCUUUUUGAUGGUAUUGUAUUUGAGGUUAUUGAAAUAAAAAUAUUUAUUGCUUGA